AUGGUGCUGCCGUUCCAGCAUACGGUGUACCACUGGCUAGAGAUGCGGACCAAGAUGCGCAUCAUGGGCUUCCAUGCUGAGGCCAUCAAGCCACUGAAUGAGGAUGCAGCGGCCGAGCUGGGUGCGAACCUGCUGGGUGAAGCCAUCAUCUUUGCUGCUGCGGGCAGCUGUCUGCUGCUGGAGUUCUGGCGCCAGAAGUCAUCGAAACACCGUAGGGAAGUGGCGCAGGUGGCCACGGUGCUGUCGCUGCGGGAGGAUGUGGAAUACCUGGAGAACAUGCUGGAUGAGGUGCAGGUGCAGGUGCAGGCAGCAUUGCCCAGGAACGCACUGGAUGAGCUGCGGGCGGAGCUGCGGGCAGAGCUGCGGGCGGAGCUGUGGGCAGAGCUUCAAGAUGAGCUACAGAAGUUCAGAACCCAGAUCUGUAAAGAUUGCUAUGAGCCGGAGCUUAAGCCUGAACUCGAGUGUCCUGAGACCCCCAAGGAGUAGAGGCCGCAGGACUCUGGCCUUGGACGUGGACUGUUGUCUGGGCUUGUCACAUGACUGGCCUCUCUGCAUGGGCCCACCCCCAAAUGGUGCCAGCUAAGGUGCCCUGGUCUCUGGGGACAGAUGGGUCCUAGGCUGAGAGAGGUGUGAGUACCCCUUCCCACGGGGUCUCUUUAACCCACUGGUGGGACGUGACAGGAACCCUUCCAGCUCCCCUAACCAAAACCACCAUGCUUGAAUGCUGUACUUGGAAAGGAGGGCAGUGUGGUGGAGCCAUCUAACAACCUUACUGGCCUAUCACACUCCCCGCCUUAGGUUCUGGAGCCCCAUCUCCCUCCAUCUACCUCACCUUUUAGGGAAAGAGGAUGGGGUCUGGCCUGCCCUGCUCAGUCACUCUGCCUCCCCCACUCCACCCCCAUAACUGGCCUUUUGUAAAGGACCCACCUGCACCCUUAACACGUGGGCCAGUGCCACCACCCACCAGUUUGUUUCGUGGUAAUCUCAGGGAUCACCCUCCCUUCCUGCCUUUGAUCUUCCAGGUAAAAAGCCAUUUAAAAUAAGGCAAACAGCAGCCUCACCUUCUGUCCAAAUGGAACAUUCCAGAAAACCAAAUAACUCCCUUCCCCACUCUUUGCUAACCCACUGGGCCACGGAGGAGUGGUUUAUGAGUUUUAAAUGUUUUAUAAUUAAAGGAGCCCCAGGUUAAAGAGUGUCUCAAACCAUUAUUUGCUGAGUGGGCAGGCGUGUC